UUUACUAAAUUGAUUUCGGCUCAGGUUUUGGAAACGUCAGUUACCACCAACAAUAGUCUUUCUGAAGACUACACUCACACGGACAAACACACUUCACAACAAACUUUACUCCUAUUUUGUCACUUUUCGUUCACUAAUUCUUUUCCCCCGAAAGCCGAAAGUCCGCAAGCAAAAGUCAGCGGAGAUACACAUCAUAGCAUGCGCACAUUCCAUAAACAAAAUAUGGCGGCAGAAAUGAGUUUUAUUUUGAGGUUUUGAGUAUUUUAAAGGAAAAGAAAGAAAAUACACAGAAAAUAGAUGCAGUGCGAUGAUUUAAAGUCAUCAUCAUGAGCAAGAGUCUAUUUUCUUUGGAGCUGCACGUAGAGAGUGUCGAUCGUGUAAAGGUAUCUUGUGUUAUCCCGGCUGUAAGUUUUCGUCUGUUGGACUAUCCAACAUUGAUCAUCCAUCUCGUGUCUCCUUCCUCAACGCAAAAACUUCUCCAAAAAUCACGAAUACAAAGCAUCCCUAAGGAGCAUAUUGAAGCAGAACUACGAGACCGUUAUGGGAAUAUACCAUUUCGAAAGGGAAAAUCCUGCCUCUUUAAAGCUAAUAUUUCUAAUUUACAACAGCAGCUCGAGUCGACGCCAUUGUACGUUAUGUUGAUCGAUCUGUGGCAUAAAAAGCCAAAGUUAAUUGGAAGUACUGUGAUUUCUUUAAGCGAUGCAGUUAGUAAAAUAUCCUCAGAUGUCAAACGAUUUGGUAUCUCGGUGCCAUCUGUUUGUCAAGACGAAGGGACGUUUGAUAUCUUCAACUUAAUGGGAAGUGUCAUUGGAAAUAUAAAUCUUUCCUUUCGACUUUUGAGUUUAGGAGGAAGUUUAAUGUCUCAUAUUCCAGCAAAAUCAAUCAUGGCUCGAAAAGUAGAGGAAAAGAGUGAGAAAAGAGAUAUUAGUACUGAUAAUAAUGAUGUUUCUCUUGAUCUCCAAGAUGGAAAUAUUGAAGAAAAGCAUGAGUUGAGCUUAGAAAUGAAAAAGUCCGAGUCAGAAAAACAGGAUAGCGAGACUCAAACAGUUCAUCCCAUGCCAACAGCAUGUAAAAGACUACAGAUUAAAAAGCCAACUUAUUCUGAAGAUGCAGAGGAAGAUGUUUUUCCAGUUACCAACACUGUUUGUCCACCACCGUUGUAUUAUAAUUUCAUGUCACACUCAGAAAAUACGAGUAAAAAGAGAAGUGAACGACAAGAACAAAAAGAGGCAUAUAAAAGCAAAACUAGUUGUGAAGCCAAUGUAGAUGAUAUUGAUUUUAUCUAUUAUAAACCUGAUUUACUUCAGCCAGAUGGGAGUACUGGGUGUGCGUCUGUCUGCAUUCAGACAGAUGUAGGUACAGCGCAACCUGUUGUAUCAAAUCACAAAACAAAGGAAGAUAUCGGUGAAAUUGAAAAGAGAUUGAAUUCCGAGGAUCUUCCUCUCUUGAAUGCUCUACUUGAAGAACUCACUUCUCUGCGAAAAAAUAAACAAACUCAUUCUGCACCAGUUACUAAGACUAAUACACCUAAAAAAGAAAAUAUCUUGUCUGAAAAAAGCAGACAAAUUUCAAGACCAAGGGAAUGCUGUGUAAGGUCUGCAUCACAGAAGUCUGUUUUGUUAAAAAACAAGAAACAGAAUCAACUUGUCCCAAAGAAGGUUAAAUUUAAGCCAACAAAUCUGACAUACGGAACAACAAGGACUCAGCAAAUGAGGUUAGAAAUGAACCAAAAAGGAAAAGUAAAAAAUCCAAGGACCAGUCACACAGGUACUGAGCAUAAGAAGAGCUUGUCCAUGAGUGCUUAUUCAAGGGAGAGGAAAGAAAUCAUAAGGAACUUAAUUCCUAAGGAUUUUGGAAAAACACAAACAAUAUUUACUAGUCCUGGUGCUGGAGAAGGAAGUGUGACAGUGUCUGCUGGUGUUCAAACUGAUGAUGUUCUUUUACAGUCUGUCAUUCCUACAUCAGAUGCAAAAAGUAAGCAACCAACAUCAGAGAACCUUGGAAACACAGUUACAGUGAAGAAGCAACAAAACGAUGAUACCCCAGCAGAUUUUGGUACUAGCAGUCAGAACAGUUUGGACAUUUAUCUCCCACAAGUUAAAGGUGAUUCAGAUGGAAGUUCAAAUUUUGGACCUGCAAGUGACCAAGUGAGUUCUGAUGAUGUUCCAUUACCUGAUCUCCCAACCACUACCAAAUACGGUCACACAGGAAUACGCAGUCCAGAUCUGGCUCAACCAAUCAGAAGGCAGUCUGUGACAUCACCACCUAUCAGGUCUAGGACAUCAACAGCAUUGUCAAUGUAUUCUGACGACUUUGAGGAGUCUCUGAUAUGGGAAGCAAAAAGCCGAACAGAUGAUGACGAAUCAGACACCUCAUCACACACUUCAUCAAUUUCGCAUUUAUCUGCAAACUCUCAGGUCAAGGACAGAGAUGUUUCACGAAAAUUGUCUUCAAGUGAUAUCAACGAUAACUUUAGCCAACCAAUUAGAUCUAAUUUUUCUCCUAAAAAAUCAAAGAAAAUGAAAGAAAAGGAAAGAAAGUCUGAUCAAGAUGACAAUAGAUCAGUGGAGAGAUCUUUUGAAGAAGAUUCAAAAUCUGAUGAAGGUAGAACUGCUUUAGACACUCCUGAUGUUAAUAAAGAGAGUCUUUUUGAUUCUUUGAACUCUCCAAAUCCUGAUGAUCACUUGGAAGAUGGUACAUCAACUAGAGAAGGGAAUGACGACAACCUGAAUGUAUUGCAGUUACCAAGGCCAGCCAUUGACCUUGGAUACACAUACUAGAAAGCAUUUUAGAGUACAAACACUAAAUAGUGCAGUUUUCGUAUGACUGUGAAAAGUUCACGGCACGAACACAGUCGUGACACGGCAAGGGAUACGCCAGACAAAUCACAUUGCACAAGAAUUUACUCUCCAUCCAAUCAAAUACCUGAAACAUGGCAUAAACACGGUGAGGACACAGUCAUGCCAAGAUCACGGCAUUUUUAGACCAAUCAUAUUGCGCGUGAAAAAGAUCAGCCAAUUAAGAUUCUAGAAGGUAUCACGGCACGUCACGCUUACGGCACUGAGCUUUUCACAGUUAUACGAAAACUGCACUAUGUACAAUACUCCAUUUUACAGUUCCAUCCAGUGACCACAAAUAAUAGCUUCUUGUUGAGGCCGGAGUUUCCGUGCAUAGCAAAACUACAGUUUAUCAUGUGCAGCCACUCCAGCCACACAUUGGAAGUAUUAUUCAGGGUCAAAAAACAAAACUGUAAAAUGGAGUAUUGCUGGCUUUCACUCAGCUGAUAAAAGUCUCUGAAUUUCAUUAUCUGAUCCAAAUGGUGUUCAAACACUGACCACCAUGUGCUGCCAGGGUAACCAGUCGUUUCGCACAAUUGCCUUUUCGCACGAACCCGUUCGCACAACUAUGACCUGUUCGCUCAAUUCCAAUAGUCGUUUARCACAACUUUAAAAUACAGUAUAUGGUCACUAAGAAGUCGUGAAAAUAUCUUUCCUCUGUUCCUGUAGAUGGGUUUUCUUCCCCAAUAAUUCUGUUUCAAGACUUUAUUAGCAUCCGAGUUGAUCCAAAAUUGCACGAAACGAAUAGCGCCAUUGCUUCCUGAGUGUGCCAAAGUGUAAUCUUUCCUUGAUUCCAACUUAAUCGCCAUUAAACUUUUUGUUUAUUUAUUUGCUUGUCGAAAGCUUGAGCAUAUAUCUAUUUUCUCCAAAGUGUUAAUGUUAAUCUCAAGGUGAAAGAGAGUCAGGCUAAUGAACUGUUACAAACGACUUUUGGAAUUGUGCGAACAGGUCAUAGUUGUGCGAACGGGUUCGUGCGAAAAGGCAAUUGUGCGAAACGACUGGUAACCGCUGUCAGCCAGGAAAAAUUCUAUUGAAAACUUGCGAUUCAGCUGAUGAUUAUUCUGUAUGAGACAGGAAAUGACUUCAAGGGAAGCCCAGCAAUACUUUGCACUAUUUGGCACUAAUUAAGCAAUAGAAAAUGAAAGAAUUAGCAUAAUUCAGCACUAUUUAGUAGUAUUUAGGUUGCACACGUUUAGUGUUUGUACUCUACUGGUAAUAUCACAGCUAUUUCAAAAAAGGUUAAAAGGGCAAACAAAAAAAGAAAGAGAGAUUCUAGAAUCUGAUAUAUACAAAGCAGGGCUUAGGUAAGAUAGCGGCUGGGCAUCAGACAAUGUCUGCCCAGAAUAGACCUCUUCGGCUUAGGGUAAUGUUUUCCCAUUUCAGACCACGUGUCAUUCUCUUGAGAAUAAUAUUCUUUGUUUGAGUUGUAUCCAUAUUCAUGUGUCUU